AUGUUGGGUGCAGUCGAAGUCGAAGACAACCGCAGUGCAUGGCCUGAUCGCAAAAAGGAUUCUGCUGUCCGCAGCGAUGCUCUGCUCCAGUAUAUCUCAAACGUUGAAGCAAAGCAAACAGAGCAGUCUGCAUCCCGGAAGGCAAGGAUCGAGCGUCGCCGGGCACUGCCGGUCGUGCUUGAGAUAGCGGUGGAUAACACGGACGCGGCGCAGAAUCAAAGAACUCGGCUUCGGUGUUUUACACGAUGGAACGGGAUCGUGCAGCAACUUAGCGGUGCACGAAGCGUACACACAAGAUGA